AUGACCGAUGAAAUCGAUCUCGAUUGGGUAAAGGAAAGGGAUAAAGUUGCGAGUGAAUGGGCAACCAUUGAGCGAUCUACGAUUGAAGUGCUAGCUGAAAAUAGGCGAUCAACUAUAAGCAGUCAGAGUCCCUCGGAAUGCGAACCGCCAAAAAGCUUCCAAAAUAUUUGGGGCCGACUUCUCAGUGACGACCAAACUCAAGAAAAAAUAAUUGCCGCAGAAUUGAUUAACAAAGCAGAAAAUAGAAAAUCCACAAUUAAUCGCUAUCGUAUUUGUCGGCUUUCUCGACGCCCCAUAUGUAAAUUAAAAAACACAAAUUUACAAGAGGAACGCUUGAGUAUUAUUGCUUUAACGUUAACAAAAUAUUCGGAAACGAAUCCCACUCACUGGGACAUGUUAAUCUCAAUUUACAAACUUAUCGUUCUGGAUGGAAAUAGGUCGAAUAUCACACGGUACGGUAAGCACUGGGAAUCGAUCGGUUUUCAAGGUGAUGACCCGGCGACAGACUUACGAGGCGUUGGUAUUUUUGGACUUUGUCAACUUUUAUUUCUCGUCUCAAACGGAGUUCCCAUUGGCGGUUGUUGGAAUAAAUUGGACUCAAAUGAUCAUCGAACGACUUAA